AUGGUUGUGGAGUACAUAGCGCAUGGCGUCAGUAUGAAUGUUCGAGUUCGACAUUCACCACAGGGUGCAACCUUCACAUCUCAAGACGCACUGCCAACCCUCAGCUCCCCAUCCAGGAUCCUUCGCCCUGAUCGCUUUGCUGUGAAAGAGGCAAAUGAGUUUGUGCUGCCAAUUGCUGGAGAUCAUGAACGACAUGACUUCUAUGCAUUUGCAGUUGAGGAAGCUGUGCGACAACUCCAGCAAGACAACCUCACGCUCCUCAAUCUCACGCUCCUGGAUUGCAGCAGCAAUGCUGGUAUGCCAGGCUUUUGGGCCGCAAAUCUUGGAAUCAAGUCUUUGGUCAUGCCUCGCUGGGAUCACAUUGCUGGUGUCUUGCGGCAAAUCGCCGAGGAGAGCGUCAUUCCCAGAAAUCAUACUGCCGAGGUUCUAGCUGGUGAUCCUCGCGAAAUGUUCGACAUCCUUCUCCCUGAGAACAAACGCGCAAACAUUGUGGUCAUGGACCCUCCAGGUACCCCCCCUACAUGGCUUGAGCCCCUUUGCACUCCUGCCAUCCAUCCGCAAGGAGCUGCUUGA